GAUUUUGGAACAGUCUGUUUAAAGAAAGAAAAGGUUAGAUAACUUUUGUAAUUUUGUUUUUGUAAGUGGUUCCACAGUAGGUGGCGCCAUUUUCUAUCACAGGACACCAGAGCCUAAUAUUUUCUAACAGGACACAGUGGUGACCAAAAUGAAUGUAAUUGUUUUUUUUUAAAUGUACAGCUGUAGCGCACGUUUCCUGAACAUUUGAGCUUUGGUGCUCCGAUUAAAAUGCAGGUUCUAGUGCAGCUUGUGUCCCAUCCACAUGUCUAUCCUCUUAAAACUCUUCUCUGUAGUUUACCGUCUAAAGAAAAAGGUGAAACACUCUAACUUACCCCUAAAAAAUAAAAAUGCAUCAGACAUCUAGUAACGUAACAUUUGUAACCCACUAAGAAGUUUAAAGUUUUAUUAAUGAAUUUUUAGGCAUUUAUAUUUAUUUCAAAUUCUUUAAUAACACAGUCUGCUAAAAUGAUAACCAUGCAUUUUUGACAAACCUAGCGGUUUUGUUGAAAGUGGUCCAUGUAUAGAAGCAGCACCCUGCCCUGAUCUCGGCAGCAGCAACCACAUAAUGACUGUCCUCUCUCUCCAUCGCUCUGUCUCUGACUCCACCUAUCUGCAGUGUGUAUAAGAAGUGUCCUGAUCUUUCUCCUCAGUAGUUCCUCUUCAGGUUCUCCCAGGAGUUUCGACCCCUGACCUCCAAGGAUGGAUAACGCCACAUACAACUACAUGAAUGACUGCACGCCGCUCACUAACUGUAAGUCCGGCCGUAAGGCUGGCGGCUCCACGGUGGUCAACAUGAGCCAUGCGGGCAAGAAGCCACCAAACGACUACCUGAUCUGGUCGCUCUGUAACACUCUCUACGUCAACUUCUGCUGCCUGGGAUUCAUGGCCCUGAUCUACUCCAUCAAGGCUCGAGAUCAGAAGACUUUGGGCGACCUGCGUGCAGCACAGGAAUGCUCAGACAAGGCCAAGUGGUACAACAUUCUGGCAUCGGGCUGGAAUCUGCUGAUUCCUCUGCUGGUGUUGGGUCUGCUGGUCCUGCUCGUGGUUCAUCUGGGCAGCUCAGAGGGAACCUUUGAUUUCUUCGGUGAAGACGGAUUCCAGAGCUUCAUGAAGCUCUUCAGCAGGUAGACAGAGCGACACGAACAAUCCCACCAACACAAGCUCCUGCAAACCUUCCGGACUGUUCCCCCUCUCUCCACUUCACCAGCACCGUUUCUUCAGCUGUGUGAUGAAAUUAUUAUUAUUUAGAUUUGUUUUUUUCUUUUUCAUAAUUAAUGUUAAUGUACUGUAUAUUAACUCAUAUCUACCCAGUUCAAUUUUGUGAAGUAAAUUGGCUCAACUGUAUUUAAUAAAGUAUUUAAUGUCCU